AUGGCGGACGUGCGGCAGCUUGGUGCAGUACAGACUGGACAGGCCGGCACGAGACCCGCCCAGCAUGGGCAAGGACAGUGGCACUAUGUUCCGAAUGAGCUGGUGUCUCCGGCCGCCCCGGCACCUCAGCCGCAGCCUGGCAGCCCUGCUGCGAACAAUGAUGGGACGACGGCACCUCGGCGGAGACGAAGGAAUCGACGACCCCGUGGCGGACCACCUUCUGGAGAUGGUGCUUCGGACCGCUCGGAGCAAGCCGAGUCAGAGACCUUGACCUACGACCCGACCGUGUCGGCUCGAGAGUCCUCGGCUACUGCCCGGCGUGCCCGACAACACGACCUUACGGAGACUGACCGCCAGGAGUACGACUUCCCCGUCCCGCUGAAGCCGCCGUUCCUCGACGAGCCCACGAACCCACUCUGCGCAACAACCGCCAAGAGGAGCUUCCCACCGAGGAUGGGACCAAAAAAGCAUGUCCGGUGGCUUGGGGGCGCUCCACCUUCGCCACCCGUUUGGCGCUACGACUCUGCAGACUUGCGCACGUUCUCCAAAUGGGCGAGAAAGGCUUCCCCGCUCCUCUACAACAGCCUGACGGGAGAAGCGGCCCGGGGCAAUCGCCUCUUGGAGCGAGCUCAGCUCACACCGGCCGACCAGAGGUUGAUCUUGGUGGGCCUCUUCAGCGACAGCCACGCUCUAGCAACCGCGCCGACCACAGACACCGCCGCCUCAGCUGAGAUCGUCCGAUCCGAAGCGGUCAAGACCAUCGCCGACCUCAACGUCAAGCAUUACUGGAGAUGGAGAAAACGUGGCAUCAAGAAGCGCGGCGGCUGGGUUACAGCCAAGUUCCUGAGCUGGGACCCGAGCUCGCCAGGCAAGCUGGCCUGGGUGCGGUCAGGAACUUCGACCGCCUUGGUUGCCAUCGAGCAGCUCCGUGCAGCCACCGGCUUCGAGGCCUGGGUUCCGACUGAGGAAGAGGUGCAGAUGCUAAAGGACGCAGCCAAGAGCCUGGACCAGUCCAUUUGGACAGACGAGACGGGGCCACCGCCGCCAAAGAGGCAGCUAGACGAGGACGAGGUGGACUUUGACACCGAGUCUUCGACGCCGCGACCCCAGAGAUCGCUGCCGCUACGGCCGCCAUGCCAGCGACACCCACAGCAGCGCCGCCGCUUCAACUACAACAAGGCGAGCUCGCCGAGCCAAUUCGGCACCACGAACUCCAAGAGCCGUCUCGGCACCGAGAACGCCAAGACUGCCGCAGAGGAACAACAAGCGUUACCGCCAGGACCUUCAGACCCACCGGUUCCAGUUCCGCCGACGCCCUUGGAGAUAGGCAUGGAGUCGGCCCAAAAUGAGUCAGCAGACUCCGCAGACAUUCCUGGCCAAGAGGACGAACCUCCUGUACCACAAGCUCACCAGGAAGUGCCCGUGGAGUCCGCAGCCAACACGGAAGAAGACCCCGCACCUCCUGUACCACAAGCUCCUGUUCCACGGUCGAUCUCGAGCGGCUUUGGGGCACCCACGACUCCAGUGACAAGCCAGCCGAGCUGGACGCACGAGCCCGUGGACAACCUACUCCCAGCCAAGCGGCCCUUCGACGCGCUGACCACCUCGUACUACGAGGGCGGGAACCUUCGCCACUGUGGGUCUGGUCACAAGGAGGAGACCUACUACCAAGCAUAUCUCACCUCGGAGCACCGCAAGAAGAUCCUGGAUAUGCCCGAGAAGGACAUCGAAGCCUUCAAGGCGGCCACCAUCAAGGAGGUGAAGAGCUGGGUGGAGUGGGACAACGCGCCGAGACUCUGGGCGUUGACGGUCAUCGCCCGGCUCAAGGAGAUUGGCUACCACCAGCACUCCUUCGAUAAGAUGGUGUUCUUGAAGUACCUGGACGGCCAGCUGGUCUCCAUUAUCAUUGUCUACGUCACCCAGGCCUUUCGAUGGGGCAUCCUCCAGGAAUUCGCUCUGGAACAGACGGUGACUUUCAAGGGCAAGCAGCUCACUCUCCGAGCCAAGAACAACGGCCGCGUCUACCUGCAUGUCUGCCAGAAGGAGUUUAUCGACGGCAUGGACCCCGGUAAGGUACCUCGAGGAAGCGACCUGCAAAAGCUCCUCACUCCGGACCAGAAGGCCGAGUUCCGAAGCAUCGCAGGAUGCCUCCAGUGGAUCAGUGGCCAGUGCAGGCCAGAACUGGCAGCAGCAAACAGCCUCGCAAACCACGGGAACCAGACCACCCUCGGCGACCUCCGCGACUUGUACCAGGCGGUGGACUUCGCCCGCGAAACUAGAGACGACGGCUUCGUGAUCCCCGACGUGCCGAUCAGCAAGGCCACGGUGAUCCUCGCGUACUCGGACGCAAGCUGGGCAAAUGCUGAGCAGAGCCGCUCCCAGUGCGGGGUGUUGAUCGUUUUGUGCUCCACAGCCGUUCUUCAGAAGACCGUACCCGCCAUGGUCGUGGACUGGAAGUCUUGCAGGUCACAGAGAGUGUGCCGAUCCACCUUGGCAGCCGAAAGCUGCGCCGCGGACGAGGCAUGCGACCGCAGUGCCUACAUCAGCAUGUUCUUGGGCGAGAUCCUCUACGACGAAGCGCCAGCACACCGCGUCGGAGCUCAACUACACAACCUCGCUGCCACGGACGCCAAGAGCUUGUACGACGUAGUGGUCAGCGACUCUCCCAAUUUGAGUGAUAAGCGCUCACUUGUUAAUAUUCGAGCCAUCCAAGAGGUAGUCUCAGGAGAGAGGUUCCACUGGAUUCCCACCACUCUCAUGUGGGCCGAUGCUUUGACAAAGCAAUCGGUGGAGCUCCAAUGUACAAUGCACGAGUGGCUGCAGAACCCGACUGCCACGCUUAAGAAGUAG